CUGAACUAAAAAAAAAAAGAAAAAAAAAAAGAAGCGUCAACUUGUUAUCAGAUCGAAGCCUUCGCAAUGGAUGGAGAGCCGGCGAUGCAAAUUGAUUGGAAAGCAGGGAUCGCGGUAGCGGUGGUAUCUAGCUUGAUCAAUGGCGCCGCUUUUGUGCUUCAGAAAAAGGGGAUGCUGCGCUCAAACAGCAGAGGAGUGUCGCACUACUUCGACGUGGUGUGGUUGAGCGGCAUGGCGUGCUUGAUUGUAGGUCAGCUCGGGAAUUUCCUAGCAUUCAAAAUGAUCCCUGCUGUGUUAGUGACAUCCCUGGGGGCUCUUGGAGUGCUGUUUGGGGCUGUGCUCGCUUCAUGGAUCUUGCAAGAAUCCUUCAACAUCCUGGGGAAGCUCGCCUGUGUGCUGUGUUGCUGUGGUUCGGUCAACCUUAUCCUUAAAUGUCCUGACCAACAGGAAAUAUCCUGGUUGGAUCUGCUGGAGCGGCUGCAGGAUAAAGUGUUUGUAGGCUACAUGCUCCUGGUGACCCUGCUGGUGGUCACUCUCAUUGUGCUGGUCGCUCCAGCCUAUGGAAGGUCAUACAUCUUGGUCUACGUCGCCAUCUGCUCCCUUCUGGGAGCUUUCACGGUUCCCAGCUGCAAAGGGCUGCACCUGGUUGGUGCAGAGAUCUUUCGCGAGGGCGGCCCGUCGGACGACAGGGCCUGGCCUCUGUUCCUGGGCCUGCUGGGCACACUGGUCGUCAGCAUCCGCACUCAGCUGUACUUCAUCCAAGAGUCUCUGAAAUACUUCAGCUCCAACAUGUUCCAGGCCAUUUACUUUGUGAUGUUCACAUUCACUGUCAGCUUUACCUCUGCUCUUCUUUUCAAGGAGUGGACCGCACUGACUGUGAUCGACCGCUGUGCCAUGCUCUGUGCUCUGAUCACGGUGUGUGUCGGGGUUGUGCUGCUGUGCAUUUCUCAGGAGGAGGCUUUGAAGAAGAAGAAAGCACCAUAAAGCAGAAUGAUCUGAGGCAGUUUUUACAAUACUUUCAUGAAAGAGUGCAUUUUUACAAACUUCCACUUUUUUUGCUUCCUCUUUGCUCAUUUUCUCAUCAGUAUCAUAAGCGCUUUCCAAUUCUGCGUAUGGAUGCAAAAGUACUGUACCUGCUGCUUCAUAGCUU